AUGGCAUCUACAAACAAAAGCCUGGUCUUCUCGGAAAAAUUCGUCAUCAGCUGCGGUACCGUCUCAAUAGACAAGCAAAAGUCCAAAGUCCUGCUCAUUCACUGGCGCAAAACUGGAGAAUAUCUGCUCCCCAAAGGCCGCAAAGAUGUGGGAGAAGCCCUUGACCAGACAGCUCUGAGAGAGACAUUCGAGGAGACAGGGGUGACAGCUCAACUACUCCCGGCCAAUAUCGUGUCACUCGCUACAACAGCCAAAGACAGUCAACGUCCAGAAGCGAUCACUGAACCCUUCGCUAUAUCUCAACGAGAUACCGGUAAUGGAAAUUGGAAGAUCAUAUUCUGGUACCUUGCUGUAGCAGAUUCUACAAUUGCACCGCAAGAAGGGACGCAGCAGGAGAAUGAGGACUUUGAUACUAUCUGGGCGGAUUUCAGUGAUGUAGGGUCUAUUUUGUCAUAUGAAGAUGAUGGCCGGGUUGCACAGAAAGCGAUCGACAUAGCAGCAGCGUGA